AUGGUCAAUGAAUUGAGGGCACGGUUAGCCGAUGAACAGCUGCACGGUGUGAUCGGCGCCAACAAUUGCCUUAGCGAGGCCGGACGGACGCCGACAAAGAGCAUGGUAAUUGGCACGCCAGCCGAUCGACUACUGGGCGUAUGUUUACCCUGGCCGAGUGCGCCCCUGCCAGCAAGGCGUCAAAGAGCACUGGAGCCGCCUGUGCAUCAACGCUCAUAUCGCUCGGACGAGUUAGACGCGCUGGCGCACACGGCGCUUUUGAUUCCCUUCCUUGCGCGCGAACCUGUAAGGUGGUUUUUGUUUCUCCCCAUGCCCCAUCAGCUGGGAUGCCGGAUAUGGCGGGUGCAACAGGCUAUAAAGCACUUCUGUCCCUUUCAGCUACACCGCUGUGCAGUUGAUGGUCCAAGCGCUUUUGUUUUGUAUGGGAUAUGGAGACGAUGCGCCCAGUCGUGGUAG